GUUGUUGAAAGCCGGUGACGAAUUUCCAAAAUUCUCGGAUACCAAUUAAGAUUGACGGAGUUCCUUUAACUGGUUCGACGUAGUCGUCUUUUCCAAUGAAUUGAAAGGUUUCCAUUGGUGUUGAAAUUUCGUCGAUGGUGUUAAGCUGCAUUGAUUCCCAGUCGCCAUCUUGACGUUUUAGACGAAUUGAGACGAGUGGUGAGUGAACUGUCUUCGGAUUUUGAUUCGCAAAGGUGUGUAUGCGUAGAACUUCUUCUGAUAGUUUUGGCGGUUGAAGGCGAUUGACGAGUUCUUUGGCGAUGUAACUUGUUUGGCUUCCUGAGUCGAAGAAGACCAUUGCUGGUAAUCCUUCUCUUGGACCUCCCGAGCACGAGACGUUGAUGAUGAUGGUCAUUAAAUGAGUUUUGUUGUCAUUUUGUCGUGCAUUGAGAUAAGUCGAUGAGUCGGGAGCUUCAUCUUCCACUUCUUUAACUUCUUCAGGCUCCCUUAAUUCUUCUUGAACUUCGUUUACUCUUUGUGUAACUUCUUUGACUUCUCUUUCCGUGUCUGUUGCAUCUUUAGUCGAACUCAUUGUCGUCGUAGCUCUUUGAUUGUUGAGCGUCGUAGCAUUUCCACCAGUUUUCUUUGGCGUUGGUCGUUCAUUUCGACGUGGUGGUGUUUGUCGUCGAGACGUCCUUGAAGAUGUCUGUUGAAAUGCUCUUGCCGGUGGUGUUGGCGACUGAACGGCCUGAGGUGUCUGAUAGUCGAUUGCUGCCUGCCGUGGUGCACACAAAAUGAAAUGAUGGUCAGUGCUUCCACACUUCUGGCAUUUGAAUGAACGUUGACAUUGUUCGGUCGUAUGGCUUUGCUGCAGGCAUUUCAAACAUCGGCCUUGCUCCAAUAGACGAGUUUUGCGUUCUUGAGGUGUUGAAUAAGUCGAGCAUUGGCUUGGUUUGUGACCAUUAUUGCAACACAGCGAACAGAAUGGUUCAUUGCUUCUCCCAUUGUUGUUUGCAUUAAAUACCGGGAAUGCUCUUGUUUGUUCUAUUGGACGUGGUGCUGGUCGUAUUUCUUUACGUAUUGGUCGUGCUUCAAAUCUUUCUCUUCUAUACGCUUCAGAAUUAUUUUGUUCUCGGGGUUGAUCUCUUCUUGGUUCAUCUUUAAAUGCUGUCAUACAUUCUUCUGUCGAUUGACGAAUUUUGACGAUAUCUGCUAAGGCUUUGCGAAGGUCCUUAUCAUCCCAUUUUCUUUUAGAAUGCAGUUCCUCUGUGAUGAGCUGUUGAAGAAUUGCUUGAGGUAGUUUGGAUUUGAUGAUGUUGCAGACGAAACGUUGUUUUGGGCCUCCUAGGCUUUCAAGCUGCAAACAAAUUCGUUCCACUUCUUUCUGAAAUUGUGACAAUUCUCGAAGGUUGUUUCGAAUCGGCUGUAGUUUCAAGAGUUGUGCUUCUAAUUGGUCGCUAAGUUGGUCGUCGUUUCCAUAUUUAUCCUUCAAAAUUUCUUUGACGAUUGGGUAAUUGGUGUCUGAUGGUGGGUAUCCAAUAAUAGCUUCACGAGCUGCCGAUCCUUCUCUGAGGUUUUGCAAGAGCAAAAGAUGUUUCUGGAAAAGAGGGUAUGGUUGUCGAUCG